GGGGAAAAAAAUUAAAAGUGAAUUAAAAUGUCCACUAGGACCCCUUUGCCAACGGUCAUUGAGCGAGACACUGAAAACGUAUGUAUUGAGGGAUUUUGUGAAUUGAAGAAAACUGGUUUGACUGGUAUAUCCUCAGACCCCCAGGAUGCAUGGAAGACUUGGAGAUUGGGCAUUGCCCCCUCCCCCAGCCUCUUGCUGGAUGGCACAGUUAAAACACACAUCUCAUGGAGAUGGACGUCAAGAAGUUACCUCUCGAACUGGGCGCUCUGGAGCUCGCUGUAGAAACUCAGUAGCUUCUUGUGCAGAUGAACAGCCUCAUAUUGGAAACUACAGACUUCUGAAAACAAUUGGAAAGGGAAAUUUUGCAAAAGUGAAACUGGCAAGACACAUCCUUACAGGCAGAGAAGUUGCAAUAAAAAUAAUUGAUAAGACUCAGUUGAAUCCAACAAGUCUACAGAAGCUCUUCAGAGAAGUAAGAAUAAUGAAGAUUUUAAACCAUCCAAACAUAGUUAAGUUAUUUGAAGUAAUUGAAACUGAAAAAACACUGUACUUAAUCAUGGAGUAUGCAAGUGGAGGUGAAGUGUUUGACUAUUUGGUUGCACAUGGAAGAAUGAAGGAAAAGGAAGCCAGAGCUAAGUUUAGACAGAUAGUAUCAGCAGUGCAAUACUGCCACCAAAAGCAUAUUGUUCACAGGGAUCUUAAAGCUGAAAAUCUAUUGCUAGAUGCAGAUAUGAACAUUAAAAUAGCGGACUUUGGUUUUAGUAAUGAAUUUACUGUUGGAAAUAAACUGGACACAUUUUGUGGCAGUCCUCCAUAUGCAGCUCCAGAACUCUUCCAGGGCAAAAAAUACGAUGGACCUGAAGUGGAUGUUUGGAGUCUAGGUGUUAUUCUUUACACUCUUGUGAGUGGCUCUCUUCCUUUUGAUGGACAAAACCUAAAGGAACUGAGAGAGAGAGUAUUGAGAGGGAAAUACAGAAUCCCUUUCUACAUGUCCACGGAUUGUGAAAAUCUCCUCAAACGUUUCCUGGUGCUAAAUCCAACCAAAAGAGGCACACUAGAGCAAAUCAUGAAGGACAGGUGGAUCAAUGCAGGGCAUGAAGAAGAUGAACUUAAACCAUUUGUAGAACCAGAGCUAGACAUCUCAGACCAGAAAAGAAUAGAUAUUAUGGUGGGAAUGGGUUAUUCACAAGAAGAAAUUCAAGAAUCUCUUAGUAAAAUGAAAUAUGAUGAAAUCACAGCCACAUAUUUGUUGUUGGGCAGAAAAUCAUCAGAGCUGGAUGCUAGUGAUUCAAGUUCCAGCAGCAAUCUUUCACUUGCUAAGGUUAGGCCAAGCAGUGAUCUUAAUAAUAGCACGGGACAAUCUCCUCACCACAAAGUCCAAAGAAGCAUCUCUUCAAGCCAGAAGCAAAGACGAUACAGUGAUCAUGCUGGACCAUCCAUUCCUCCAGUUGUGGCAUAUCCCAAAAGGAGUCAGACCAGCACUGCAGAUAACGACCUCAAGGAGGAAGGAAUUCAGCCGAGGAAGUCCAGCAGUAGUGCUGUUGGAGGAAAGGGAUUAGCACCAGCUAGUCCCAUGCUGGGUAAUGCAAAUAAUCCAAAUAAGGCAGAUAUUCCUGAACGGAAGAAAAGUGCCACUAUUCCUAGCAAUAAUUCAACAUCUGGUGGGAUGACAAGACGAAAUACUUAUGUUUGUAGUGAAAGGACUACUGCAGAUAGACAUUCGGUUAUUCAGAAUGGCAAAGAAAACAGCCUGACAGAAAUGUUCGCUUAUGCAGCUAGUCCUGCCUCAAUUUGUACCACAUCUUCUACCUGUAUUCGGCUGAGACAUCAGAAGUCGAUGUCCAUGUCAGCCUCGGGGCAGCCCAAGAUGAUGUUACCUCCAAUAGACAGUGAAGGAGAUAACUUCAAGGAUAUCACUGUUCCUGAUCAGAGAACUCCAGUUGCUUCAACACAUAGUAUCAGCAGUGCAACUACUCCUGAUCGAAUUCGCUUCCCAAGAGGAACUGUCAGUCGCAGCACUUUCCAUGGCCAGCCCCGGGAGCGUCGAACAGCAACUUACAACGGCCCACCGGCGUCACCCAGCUUGUCACAUGAGGCAGCUCCACUUUCCCAAACCAGAAGUAGGGGCUCCUCUAAUCUUUUUAGCAAAUUAACAUCAAAACUCACGAGAAGAAACAUGUCAUUCAGGUUUAUCAAAAGGCUCCCAACUGAAUAUGAGAGGAACGGGAGAUAUGAGGGUUCAAGUCGCAACGUGUCAGCUGAGCACAAGGAAGAAAACAAGGAAGCAAAGCCCCGCUCCCUGAGGUUUACCUGGAGCAUGAAAACCACCAGUUCCAUGGAUCCCAAUGACAUGAUGAGAGAAAUUCGAAAAGUCUUGGAUGCCAAUAACUGUGACUAUGAACAGAGAGAGCGGUUCUUGCUCUUUUGUGUCCACGGAGACGGGCACGCAGAAAACCUUGUACAGUGGGAAAUGGAAGUGUGCAAACUGCCAAGACUGUCACUGAAUGGCGUCCGCUUCAAGCGGAUAUCAGGAACAUCCAUAGCUUUUAAAAACAUUGCUUCCAAAAUUGCCAAUGAGUUAAAGCUGUAACAAAGUAAUUAUGUUGUAAAUUAAGUACCAAUUUCAAGUGUUUUCCUGAACACUUAUGGAAAUGUAUAGAAUAAUAUUUAGGCAAUAACUUCUGCAUCUUCAGAAUCAUGGUAUUAAAAAUAUGUAUAUGAAAAUGAGCUGCUCAGGCAGGAGAAAGAGUUGGACUUUUUUUUUCUAAGUGCACUGCAGCAUUAAAGUUGCCUAUUCUGUAAAAUAUUUACCCCAUCAUUUUAUUUACAUUGUUCUGAGGUCUCUUAACAGUCUACAGAAUAUAUCCAUUGAAAUAUGCCUCCCAUUUGUGUGGCUGUGAGAGUGUAUAGUAUGUGUUUAUAGUAUAUAAGUUUAAAGUAUUAUAUAUGUAAACAAGUCCUUACACCAACAUCCCAAGCUGUACCAAUACCUCUUUGGAAGAUCAUUUUGGUGCUAAAAAUGGAUGUAGCCAAGGAGGAAACUUUCACUUAAUAUAAAAAAUCAGCAUAGGAUUACAGUUAGCGCGGGUUUGCAGUUUGCUACUGUGGGGUUUUCUUUUUUUCUUUUAAAAAAAAAGUACAAAGGGUUUGAAUUUACAGUUGUGAACAUUGCUUAUGUGUUGGUUUUUUUCCUUCCCAAGUAGAUCUCAUGAGAUCAUUAAAAAAAUCACUUUUCCUCAAUAGA